GGGGGGGGGGGGGGGGGGGUACUACUGGUAUCCUGGGGUAUAGGACUGCCGAAUCCUUGGACCCCGUAUAUUGAUAAAACGAGUGAUCGGGUGUUUCUGCACGCAGAGUUGUCUGCUCCCUUCUGCCUCGGUGGAUCUCGUCCAUCUGUAAAAUAAAGUCAGUAUUUUAUUUCUUUUUGUUUCUUCUUUUGCCUAAAGCCACGAUCAAAGCAUACUUCACUUAUCUCAACUUGGCAAUUCCCGAUAUCCUUUAGGUGUUGUCUGAACGCAUUCUGCCUACGUGCCUUUAGUCAUUCCGUAGUUUUGGUCUUUGUGUUGGAUGCUUUCCUGCGCACAUUCAAUGCCGUAUCUGAACGAUUCAUAGGGCCCUUAGACCAUACAUCGCACCAGCUGGACACUCAUUACUGUCGCGUUUACGAAGUGGCAUCUACUUAAGCCGCUAGUCUAAGCAGCUGCAUGUUUGGUAAAAACCGAAAGAUAACUGAACUCGCGAUUCGUUUAAUGCAAAUCAUGCGUGAGCUUUUCUCUCGCAUAUUCACUAGAAACUAUUUAUUAGGGAUGUUAAUGUAAGCAGGUGACUCGCGGUCGUUCCGCGUGGCGAGUCCUUCCUGCGAAGGCGUUCUUUGCGGGAUGCUGCGACACAAAGCGUGUACUACUUUUAUUAGGCUAACGAGAAGACCGCUGAACUGUUCGCAGCUUUCCCUACACAUUUUACGAUGACGUGUUAAAGUAGCCUCAUCGAGGACGCCGGCGUCAGUGUUGGCUCGAGUUAGUCUUUGGUCCAGUUGUGCCAACUAGUAUUGGACUAACCGGUAGCCUAUGCUUCUGGGUGACACACUAGCGUAUAUUCUAAGAUUUUGAUAGACUCGGUGUCACACUCACAUAACCGACAAUACUCUUCUCCUCAUUUGCAGCCUUCUGUAGCGCGGUGAUUAUUUAAGAUUAAUAUUUCCCCGUUUAUUCGCUCGCACACUUUCCUUGAUUGAUUUCGCCACUGUAGCUACUUGCAAUGUUUUAUCUCUUCCAUUCAGGCUCCCCUGUUUCUGGCUUACACAUCAUGGGAGUUCCAGCCUUCUUUAG